AUGGCGUCGAAGAAGCAGGCUGGUAAGCGCACUGCGCAAUCCUUGAAUAUAUCUAGCACUAGUACGCCCACAAAACCAGUUCGAAGCAAACUUUCAAAAGCUAACAGUGAGGAGAACAUCGUAGAUCAAUCUGAGGAUGGAGAAACUAUAAAUUUAAAAAGUAUCCAUGAUAUGAUGAAGGCUAUGAUGAAGAAACUUGAGAAAUUGGAUUCCAUUGACACGAGAGUAAAGACAGUAGAAAGCGAUUUAAAGAGUGUGAAAGAAUCAAUUGAAUUCGCACACACAGAAGUAAGAGAACUUAAGAAAGACAACAAAACUCGAAAGAAAACUGAUGAAACAACAAAAGAGCAAAUCGAGAAACUAGAGAAAGAGAACGAAAUUCUAAACAAGAGCGUCAUUGACCUUAAAUCAAGGUCAAUGCGCGAUAAUCUGAUUUUUUAUAACAUUCCCGAAUCUAAAGACGAAGAUACCACAAAUAUUAUCCAUAAGUUACUUGAGGAAAAGCUACACUUAGAAGACGCAUCCAAGAAAAUCAAGAUUGAUAGAUCACACAGAUUGGGUAGACAGAAACAAGCAGCUGAAAAGCCGCGACCAAUUAUUGCGAAAUUUAAUUUCUAUCAAGAUCGGGAGAAUAUUUGUCUCAACGCAAAGAAAUUAAGGGGUUCAAACAUAGCAAUUGGAGAACAAUUUCCUGACGAAAUUGUUAAGAUACGUAGGGAAUUAUAUCCAGAGUUGAAAAAAGCCAGGGAAGCGGGAAAGAAGGCAAAACUUGUAAGGGACAAACUCAUAAUCGAAGGACAAGUAUUUUACAAGCCGACAUGA